AUGGAGGGUGUCGCGUUGAGAUGGAGAGCUGCAACAGUUGUGCUGCAAGGACUCCUGGCGAUGACCUUUCUUAUUUCAGGUACCAGUUAUUGCUAUUGGGAUGUCCUCUAGUUGCAGACCUGGGUGGUUGGGUGGGAGCCAACUAGAUUUGCACAGAGAAACAAGAAGGAAUUCCAAGGUAAAUGGAAAUGUUUCAGAAAGGAAUGACUUGUCUAUGAGGAAAGUUUGCAGCAUUAGGGAUGUUUUAGUUUAGAGAAAACAGGAGAAAGAGUUCACAUGAUAGAUGCUCAAUAAUUAUGCGUGGCGUGAAGAAAGUGGUUAGAGAAACAUUUCUCUCUCCCUCUCAAAGCAAUAGAUAUUGUGGACUGAAAGUUGGCAGAUUCAGGGCAGCUAAAAGAAAGAUCUUCUUCACACAGUGCAAAGUUAAACUAUGGAACUCCCUCCCACAGGAGACAGGGAUGGCCACCCACCUGGAUGGCUUUAAAAGAGGAAUAGGCUGCCUGGGGGGCGGGUAAUGACUAUGAUUUGGUUGUCAUUGUUCUGUUUUGUAAGUUUACAUCUGACUGGUGUUGGUGUGAGUUGAAAUCCAACAAUUGGCAUUGGACUAGAUGCCCCUCGUUGUGCCAUCCACCUCUAUGAUUUAAUAAAGCCCUAGGGCUGCCCAUUAUAGCAUUUUUGACAUCCUUCUUUGGUAUCUAUGCAUCAAACCACUCAUGAGGUCCCUCCUUUGGGCCAGCGGUUCAGAACAGACAUUUGACACAAAUUUCUGCCUCCUAAGAAUUUCUGUUUUCACUUCAAAAGGGGGAAACCAAUUUCUAGUCCCUGAUGAUUUCAAGGCAGAAAGACAUUGCUAAUAAUUUCACCAGGAUCUCCUAACCUUUCUCCCCACAUUUCUUUUCAGGAAUUUCUGCCUUGAAGUGUCAUAGCUCCAACACCGUCCAUCUUAUGACUCCAAACAAUGGCAACAAAACAUCAAAUGCCUCCCCGGUAAGCGGUAUUACCAACUGCUCCAGUGCUCAGAACGUUUGCACAGAUGCACAACUUAUAUUCUCUAUUGGUAAGUGCUGCUUUGUCAGAUGGAUCCUGUGUGGCUGCUAGAUUUUUGAGAGAGGAAAAGCAUGAAAUUGCUUACAACCCAUAAAAUUCCCAGUGGGAUUACCUGGGGCCUGAAAUGAUGUUUUGCAUGCAUUCAGAAGUGAGGUAUUUAAAAUAUGUUUUGAUUCAUUUUAUUUUAUAUUUGCAUUUUUUUUUCCAAACCCCUGCCCUCCAUUUUUAAUUUUUUUAAUAAAAAGAAUACCUAGCUGUUUCUGAGAGUUGACACAGACCCAGUUCAGAUGUAACACUAAGCCAGAGGUUAGUGCAGAGACAGGGGACCUCUGGCCCCUCCAGAUUUGGUUGGAUCUCAACUCCUACCACCCCUAAACAUUGGUCACGCUGGCUGGGGCUGAUGUGAGUAGAAUCCAACAUCUGGCAUUGGACUAGAUGACACUUGUGGUCCCAUCCAUAUCUACAAUUCUAUGAAAUCUGGAGGGGCAUAGAUUCCUGCCACCAGUAUAGUGUUACAAGAGCAACCUUCUGACAGUUUAUAAAUCUUGUCUUGUUCGUUCAGUUUGAUAUCCUAGUUCAUAGGUUUUAAACCUUUUUGAGUCCACGGCUCCCUGUUGAACAAGUACAGUGGUACCUCGAGUUACAAACGCCUCCGGUUACAAACGCUCCAGGUUACAAACUCCACUACCCUGGAAGAGUUACCUCGAGUUGAGAACUUUGCCCCAGGAUGAGAACGGAAAUCAUGUGCCCACGGCGCAGCAGCAUCAAGAGGCCCCAUGAGCAAAAGCACACCUUUAGUUAAGAACAGUUUCAGGUUAAGAACGGACCUCCAGAACGAAUUAAGUUUGUAUCUAGAGGCACCACUGUACAUUUUUUUUCUGCAACUUGCCUGUGCUGAGCCAAUUAACUGUGGGGCUCAGGAGCCAGUUAUGCCAUCCUUUGUCUGCAGAGGUAGCAGUUUCUCACCCUUUUAGUGAACACCCUCCAUGUGGAGUAUUCCCUCAGCCUCCUCCCCUCUCCCCUCUCCUUGGGAGUCCUCCUGGUAGCCACUGGUCUCUGAGUUGCUCCCUCUCGCUCCAAAGAGAGGUUCCUCCUCACACUCCCCACAGGGGCCUGCGAAGGGGAUAUCCCCAGCCUUAGUGGCCCAACAGAGACUGGCCAAAGUUGAACAUAGGCCAGCACCUUACCUUGGGAGGUGGCAGUGACAGCAAUGGGCACUCAGCUCCCAGGCAAGCUUUGCACACAGCAAGCACAAGAAAGGCCAGUGUGGCGCCUGGCUGUCUGGCCUCCCACUAGUCUGUCCAUUCCCAACAGCAAGGGCUGGUGGACUGGCCAGCUGGGCUACCCCACCCACUUGCUUGCUUACUUACUCUGAGGCCACCUCAGCUCCUGGCAACUAGCACCCUCUGGCCAGCCCAACAAUGGCGCCAUUCACCGGGGGAGCUUUUAGCGAGAGCUGUUGCAACAAACAGAUGUGCAAACCUUUGGGAGGCAGAGACACAAGAGGGCAUCAGAGGAGAGAGGGGAGGAAAGAAAGACGGACAGAUUCCAGUGUUGCCCGCGGCAUCCCUGACCAACAUUUAAGGCACGUCAGGGUGCCAGGGCACACUGGUUGAAUACAUUGUCCUAGUUUAUUAGAACAAACCACAGUUCCCUGGGUAUUGACAUUGCAGAGAACUAUGGCUAUUUCAGAUAUGAAAGCAGAAACCUUUUAUCUCCUUGUGGCACAAAUGAAAGAAAAGGACAAGGGAGGCAGGUGUAGACUUUCAUUGUGUUCUUUUUUUAUAUAUAAACUUUAUUUUCAGUUUUUACAAGAUUACAAAUACACACCUUCCAAAUACAUAUUUUAUUUCCCCCACCCCCUUUUGUGGUUCCUUUUCUACUUUAGCUUUAACACUGUGUGUUCCACUUUACUCCAUUUUAAAGUUAUUCUUCCAUUUAUCUUAGUAAUAUUUUUAACUGCUGAUUUAAGUUAAACCUACUAAUGAACUUAGUGGCAGCCACUCUUCCUAAGUUGGUACAGCAUCUUCUUUCCACGACUGGGCAAAUGCCAUUCUGGCUCCGGUCCUUCCUUGUGAUUUUUUGCCAGGCUGGACUGCAUGCUAAAAAUACAAUAUGCAUCUUACUUGCCUCAGUGGAGGAUUUGGAGAUAUGAGGGUGUAGAAAAGCUCUGGAUUUUGCAUGGCUAGAAUGCAGGCUACCAUCCUAUGGGAACCCAGCUAUAUAAGGCUUUUAAAGUAAAAGAAGCUGCCAGGAAAUGUGCGACGAAGAAACAGGAAGAAGUGGGAAAAACUGUCAGCACUUUCUAGGAUCACUCACAUGAACAAAAUCACCCCCACCCAUGGCACUAAGGUAGACAUGAACCAGAGGGGGGGGGGAAUCAGGAGGCUUUAGCAGCCCCCUCCCCCUGGAAAGAGUUGCCAUAUGUCCAGAAUUUUCCAGACAUUCCCAGGAUUCGGCCAUCGGAAACAGUGUUUGGGCCGAAAUUGCUGAAAUGUUCAGGCAUCAACAACUUUGGCCAAAAACCUAGAAACAAACAAAAACCUUUUGUGUCUGGCUUUUAAGUUUUUGAAAUAAGGCAACCCUAACCCUGCCAAAUUGUGUAUAAAUGACCCCCAGAGGAAAAAUUGUCAAGGUAAGGUCUUUGGAACACCCUGCCACUGCAUCGUUCUAUUGUUUGUAUAUACACAUCUCUUCCCACCCCCCUCAUUUUAGAUAAAGAAGUUUUGAUAAUGAGUCACAAAGGCUGUGCCAGCAAGGACCUUGUGGAUGGAACAAAACCAAUCAACUCUGGUGACCGACACUUUGCCAUCCAGUUCAACCAGAGCUACUGUUUUGGUGACCUUUGCAAUGCGAAAACGAGGGAAGUUCCCAACACACCUAUUGAGGACGGAGGUAAAUUUUUUUUUGGGGGGGGGGGGUUGAGUGCCACCUGAGAGGAAAGUGAGAACUCACAGUUUCACUUGUUGGGUAGGUGGUUGUCAAUAGGGAGGCUUGAAGAAUUCAAUUUUGAAGAUUUCUAAGGCAAGCGGCCCUGUUCCCCAACUCUUGGGCUCACGUGCUAUAGAAAAGGUAACCCCGCUUCUCAAGAAAUGAGAAAAGACUGUGCUUUAGGGUGUAAUUUAGCGGCAAGAGCAUGAGGAAAGAUUUGGAGGGAGCCGUGAGGGGAGUGGGAAUAUGGGGUGCACUGCAGAGGUUGUGUGAGCUGGGGGGGGGAUAGGCAAGGGGUGAGUGGGGGGUAAAGGACUUGUUCAGGUGUGGGGUUUGACAAAGGGUAUGGCGGGUUUGGCAAGUAGAGAAAGCAGGGCCAUCAGCUCCUAAUAUGUGCAAAAAUCGCACAUACCUAUAACUUGGAGAACUGCCUCACAAAAUUCAGGAAAGUGUGAAUUUUGAAGGGUAAUACCUCGCUUAAUGCAUCCACAUAAACACAUGCUGAUUCAUUUUGGUGGGUUUACCCUGAGUAUGAUUAAGAUACCCAUUGCUUUGACAAGGGCAAUUUAAGUAGCUUCACUUUGAUAUACAAAGUAAAUCAAAAUAUUCCCCCCUAUCAUUAUUUAAGAGACAGAAAAAAGGGAGAGACUCCUACAAAGGGAAGUGACCUUUUUUGAUCCAGACCCACUACAGACCCCUUGCUCUUAAUUUUGUUUUCUUACUCCAGGCACUGGCUCCAACCAGUGUUACUCGGGCUUUGGUUGGGGCGCCAGUGGAAACAUCAAGGAGACUAUGGAAUGCAGCAAAGACUACGACCGGUGUUACCAAGGCAGCAUGAACAUUACUAUUGCACUAGAUGGAGGAGGUGAGUUCGCCCUAGGGAAUUUCUUCCACAGCCUUAAAUUGCUCCACUUCUGACCUCCUCUAAUUUGACCAUAUUGUGCCCUGCUUCCCUUCUAAAUACAUUAUUUAAAGGGUGUGUUUGUGAUUUAAUUCAAGGUUUGUUGGUGAAGAUAGUGACUUGGCUAUGGAACAAGGUCCAAACGAUUUCAUCUGCCCACCAGUGUUAGAAACUCAGAUAUAUAAUCUAGGUGCCAAAUGGCUUCUUAAAGCAAGGUUACAGUUGCCAAAACAGAAUGUCUAUAUGCCAGCUCUAAAGACAGCUCUAAAGUCUUGUUUUCCAAAUGAUGGACUGAGUGUGAUUGAUUCUUGGUUAAACAUCUGGCUAGUUCAGAUGACCAUCUUCAUCUAGGUUAAGAACUUUAAGUUCUCAGGGAAGAAAAGUCUCUUGAUCCAGGGAAAGGCCACAUAUAUAUUACGUUAUACACAACGUAAGAAUAUUCUUCACAACUGUGAGCAGGGCAGUGGGGUGGGGGAAAUGAAGACAAGUGUCAACAAUUAGCUAUAAUGUUGUUCACUGCUCCUGCUCAGGCUGCACUGAAAAAGCAUCUUGGUUCCUGAAAUUCAUUCUGAUGGUGCAGAUCAAAAUAUAACAGACAGAAUUCUACAGGAUGUGGUAUUAGUGCGUGAAAACAGUCAAGAUCCAGGGAUCUCCAGGCAGGUACCUCCAGAUGUUGGAGAUGUUAGGUGUCAUCCCGGCAAUUGGUCGCAGGUGGCAAUAGCAGGUGCAAAAUGUGCUUGGCACCUGGCUAAUUUCAAACCCUGCUGCCCACCUCUUGCUUGAAGAUUCCUUUCUUUACAGCAGCCUUUGCCAGCCCUGGUGCCCUCUAGAUGUUGGCUGGGGCUGAUGGGAAUUGGAGUCCAUGACGUAUGGACAGCCCAAGUUGGUGAAGCCUGUUUUACAGCUUCACUGUGACUCUCUCCCUAUUUUAGCAAUUGUCUGCUGAUUUAUUCCCUCUUUAGGGUGAUUGGUUGAUUGCAGGGGGCCUUUUGGUUAUGUGACAUCUUAAUAAUGCCAUCUAAUAAUAAUAAUAAUAAUAAUAAUAAUAAUAAUAAUAAUAUCAGUAGCAAGCUGUUUGGGAAUUUGGGCACACUGAAAAAUGGGACGUGACAAGCUGUUUCUAAAUGAAAUAAAUGCAUCUGACCAGGUUCAAAGGUGACUGGGGCCCCUUGACACAAGUGUAUUGCUUUACAUGUACCAAUAUGAAUAUAAUUUAUGUGUAUGGCCAAAGCCAUUGCACAUGAUAAAAGACAUAAAGCAUAUAAAAAAACAGAAUAAAAUAUAUUACACAGCUAAAAUAAAUAAUUAAAAUACUUCUUGAAGCCAAACAUUAUAGAAUCAUAGAACAUAAAAUUGUUGAGUUGGAAGGGACACCAAGGAUCAUGUAGUCCAACCACUUGCAAUGUCAGAAUUUGCCCCCCUGAAUAAUUAAAGAAACUUACACACACAAACCUUUUACCUCCAAAUCGCCGCUCUAAGGCAAAACAGGCCGCUUUUUCACCCCUAAGUGUGGGUUGCCCCUCAUGCUCCAAGUUCUUCAUGAUUCCCUGUGGCGUCUCAAUGCAUGCUGGGAGAAGUGGGCCAAUGUUCCCCCAUACCUAACAUGUUGUGACUUUCUUGUCCUCCCUUCUCUUCCACAACAGGAUACAGCUCCGUGCCCAUGAUUCUCAGGACCUGCCAGCGCUCAUCCUGCGAUGUUAUAAAGAGCCAAUCCUUUGGCCCGAUAAAUAUCACCAGCGAGUCAGGGCCUUGCUGCUCCGGCAGCAAAUGCAAUUGGAAGGAUGAUGGCUUUUCAUUCAAGAUAAUCCACCCAACCAAUGAUGGUGUAAGGAGCACACCAAACCUGUCUUAA